AAGUAGCACCGGGAUAUAGUUGCGCCUUGUAGGUGGGGUUUCAAUUUUUCAAUUUCAAUUUCAAUUCAAAUACAGUAUCGUGGGAAACGCAACUCAGGGAAAAUGAUACUCCGAACACCUCCGCCACCGAAGAGGCCACGUGCCGAUGGAGAUGCCGACACUGAGGUUAAUCGGCAGCUCGUCGUCUACGAGGAUCCGCCGGAGUCAUCCCAGGAUCCCUCCGUUUCCGAGCACAUGCUAUGCACCUAUCAGUGUCGCCAAAUGGUCAAAUCCGAUUUUCUAGAUGCCUUAAGUAGAGCUGAAAAUCAAGUUCGUGAUUAUCAAUCUCAAUUGGAGACACUGAAUGAUAAUUUCCAUAAAGUUGAGACUGAGAGGAAGACAUUUUUGGACCAAUUCUUAUACACCGAACAGGAACUCGCUGCUGCAAAAGGGCGUGAACAGGCACUCCAGGAUCAACUUUUGAAGGAGGUCACUGAAUCUCAAGAUCGAUUGAGAAAACAAAUUCAGUUAAACAGUGAACUCGAGGUUAAGCUCAAAAAUGAGACAAACCUCCGCACAAAAGCUGAGUCUCAUGCUGCUUCAGCCGAAGAAAAAGCAACAACUUUAGAACAGAAGCUGGGCCAUCUUUCAGAGAGCACUGAGAGGGGAAAAAAGAGGCUUCACGAUGAUCAUUCACAACUGAAAAGGGAUUCAGAGUUUUCUAUUUCUAGAAUAACUGCAAAUCUUGAACAAAUGGAGUGCAGAGCUAAUAAUGCAGAGAGAGAAGCAGAGCUGCUAAAAGAGCAACUGGACCGUCUUAAGGACCAACUCAAUGAGUGUUUGCACCAGAAGAUUGAAGUUGAAAAGAAACUAGCAACUUUAUCAUCUCAAGAAGUUCCUUCCACAGGAAGUAAUGUUUUGGUUAAGCAAUUGCAGCUGGAGCUUCAGCACUAUGAAUCUGAAGUGAGGGAAGCAAGAAAGCUAAGAUCAAAUCAUGAGAACAUUGAACUUUUGAAGGAGAAACUGCUGGAGGAAAAGAGCCACCGGGAAAGGGCUGAAUCAGAGCUAUCUAAAUUACAUGAUGUCCAGUCAAAUAUGAAAAAGUUAGAGGAUCAAAUAUCAUUGUGGAGAUCGACGAUUAAAGACAUACCCGGCAUCUCAUGUUUUGAGGACAUGCCUGCUAAAUUUGCAGCUUUACAGAAAGAGGUAAUUUGUAGCGCACAGAAGGAGGGUGAGGGAACUGCUCGCUUGAAACAACUGGAGGUGGCUUUGGAUGCUGCUUUGAUUGGCAAACAAAAUGCUGAAACUGAAGCUGUGUUGGCCAAAGAGAGAGCAGAAGUAUUAAAAUCAGAGAUUAAACGAAUUGAAUUAAUGCUUGCAGUUGUUACAGAGGAAAGAAAUAAAUUAAGAAAUCUCACCAAUUCGAAGAAUGGUGAAGCUGGAGAUGAAUCAAGUAGUGCUAAUCCUGUUCAGGAACUUGAAUCAUCUCUUAUGAAAAAAGAUGAUUGUAUUAAAGAACUAGAAAGUACCUUAAAUGAGCUGAGAGUGGUUAAUAAUCGCCAACAUGAGGAAAUAAAGUUACUUAAUGAAAAGUUGCACAGUGAAGCAAGAAGAGUAAAGUCAUUGGAGAGGGAGAGUGACCGGCUUCGUUCCGAGAUAUCAUUAUUAGAGGCUAAGUUAGGCCACGGCGAUUUUUCUGCUGCUAAUACGAAAGUUCUGCGGAUGGUGAAUACACUUACUGUUGAUAAUGAAGCCAAACAAACCAUAGAAGCUCUGCAAAAUGAGCUGCAGAAAACAAAAGAGAAAUUAAAGGCUGUUGAAGAAUUGAAGAGUCAAUCAGGAGAAACUGGAAAGCUGGUAGAUAGCUACAUAUCGGAUAAGAUGUUGCAACUGAAAGAACAAAUUGCAACACUAGAGAAGCGAGAAGAGAGAUACAAGACCGUGUUUGCAGACAGAAUUUCAGUUUUCCGGAGGGCAUGCUGUGAGAUUUUUGGUUACAAGAUUGUGAUGGAUGAACACCAGCGAUCAAAUGGAAUCCCAGUGACUCGAUUUACGUUGCAAUCAAUUUAUGCACAAAGCGAUGAUGAAAAGAUUGAAUUUGAAUAUGAAUCAGGAAAUACCAACAUUUUGGUAAAUCAUUACACAUCUCAACCUGAGGUAUCUCGUCAGGUUGAGAUAUUCAUUCAGAAAAUGAAUUCAAUUCCUGCAUUCACUGCCAACAUAACGGUGGAGUCUUUCAACCGAAGAACCUUGUCUUAAACUCAACCUACUUGUCUUGGCUAUAUAUAUACAGUUUAAGGAUUGAUGUUUCUUGAGGCAACUAUCAGCUAUGCUGCAUAUCUUCCUUCUGGAACUUUACACAUAGUUCGAGAGGGUGGAAUUUUGAGCGUACAGAAUUCCAUGUAAAUCGCUAUCAAACCUACAACAUGCUUCAUCUUUUGGUUGCCGACAACAAUUGGUUUUUCAAUUUAGGUGUUUGUUAUGCUUUGAGUUAAAAAAUUACACUAAUUACAGUUUUACAUCAGUUUCCAAUCAUAUAACACUAUUCUUAACGUAUGUUUACCCUAUAAUAAUAUAGGAAAAUAUGAUCGAAUGCAUAUUUAGAAUUUAUUUUCA